AUGCUGAGAUUAUACUUCCUCCUCAGUUUGAUGUGCUUGGUGAGAUCAGACACAGGUGAAACAUGUCCUUCAUUUACCAAACUGAGUUUUCACAGUGCAGUGGUUGGAACGGGACUAAAUGUGAAGCUGAUGCUCUACACAAGGAGAAACCCAACCUGCGCACAAGCCAUCAACUCCACAGUUUUGGGGAACUUGAACGUAACUAAGAAAACCGCCUUUGUGGUCCAUGGAUUCAGGCCGACAGGCUCUCCUCCAGUAUGGAUAGAGGACUUAGUAGAGGGUUUGCUCUCUGUGGAAGACAUGAAUGUGGUUAUUGUUGAUUGGAAUCGAGGAGCUACUACUGUAAUGUACAACCAUGCUUCUAGUAAGACCAGAAAAGUGGCAACAGUCUUGAAGGAAUUCAUCGAUCUAAUGUUGGCAGAAGGAACUUCUCUGGAUGACAUUUACAUGAUUGGAGUAAGUCUAGGAGCCCACAUAGCUGGGUUUGUUGGAAAGAUGUAUGAUGGCCAGCUGGGGAGAAUUACAGGUCUGGACCCUGCGGGCCCUUUAUUCAACGGGAAACCUCCAGAGGACAGAUUAGAUCCCAGAGACGCACAAUUCGUUGAUGUCAUCCAUUCUGACACAGACGCACUGGGCUACAAGAAACCAUUAGGAAACAUAGACUUCUACCCAAAUGGAGGAUUGGAUCAACCUGGUUGCCCCAAAACAAUAUUUGGAGGAAUGCAGUAUUUUAAGUGUGACCACCAGAGGUCCGUGUAUCUGUACCUUUCUUCCUUGAGAGAGAACUGCGCCAUCACCGCGUAUCCCUGUGACUCCUACCGGGAUUAUAGGAACGGCAAGUGCGUCAACUGUGGCAUAUCACAGACGGAGCCCUGUCCUGUUCUGGGCUAUUAUGCUGAUAACUGGAAAGACUAUUUAAGGGAGGGGGAUCCUCCUAUGAUUAAAGCAUUCUUUGACACAGAUGAGGAGAAACCCUUCUGCAUAUAUCAUUACUUUGUGGAUAUUAUAACCUGGAAUAAGAACAUAAGAAGAGGAUCCAUUACAAUCAAAUUGAAAGAUAAAGCUGGAAACACAACAGAAUCCAAAAUCAAUCAUGAACCUGCAACAUUUCAGAAAUACCACCAAGUGAGCCUGCUUGCAAGAUUCAAUCAAGAUCUGGAUAAAGUGGCAGCCAUUUCCUUGGUGUUCUCUACAGGAUCUGUAAUUGGCCCAAGGUACAAGCUCAGGAUUCUCCGAAUGAAGUUAAGGUCACUUGGCCAUCCAGAGAGGCCCCAGUUGUGUCGGUAUGAUCUUGUACUGGUGGAAAAUGUUGAAACAGUCUUCCAACCUAUUCUUUGCCCAAAGCUGCAAAUGUAA